AUGCUUUCACCCAAACUGCUGUCUGCUCUCAGCCUGCUUGCAGUCUGUGCUGCUGUAAACCAGGAUUUCAUUAGCUCUGCAGAGAUCGACAUCGCUGCUUGUCCUAUCACUUAUUAUGGGAUGAAAUAUGACAAAGUUUAUGUUGGCUUUAAUUCCAACACAUCUUCACUGUGCUUCAAUGGACAGUACCAGUCUGGGCAGGGCAGUGACUGUAUUCUGAUGUCCAGAGGGUCAGCUGACAGAGGAGAAGUGACCACUCUGAGCAGAGACAUACCUGCAGGAUCAGGCAUUCACAAACUUGUGCCAAAUCUGAUGCAUGCAGGGAAGUGUGUGAAUGUCAUCCCUCUGAGAGAUGAACUGGACUCUGAUGUUAAACAAAUUGAACUGGGAAACUUUGGGACUCAAGCAAUUGUGGCAAUCAAGACUCACUUAGGAUUUUCAGAUGACAACUUUGAAACACAGACUCUGGUCAAUGGGAAGUCAAUGGUGAGACAGGUCUUUCACACCAAUAAGACCAACAAGGGAGUUUUGGCAGACGUGAGCGGCUGCAGACUUUUUGGUUCUGUGUACAAGACCAACACAAGUGAGUGGAACGCAGACAUCUGCUCCACAGUCACUUGUGAUGUGUUUGGGGUGGCCACACCAGACAGUACCUGUGGGCCCAUGGAGCGCUGCCAGGGAAACAACAUAUGUACCUUAGACGCCACCUGCACUGUGACAGGUUCAACCAUUAUUGACGUCACUGGAGAACUCCACACUGUCCCAGACCGAUGUGGGUACAAGCUGAUGGAGCAUGCUUCCAUCCCAGACCUGGAGGUGCUGGGGGUCUUCCAGGAACGAAGACGUAAAGAUGUCAGCUUUUUAGAGCGGGUGGUACUGCACCUCAAGUCCUCCAAUGUGGACAUUUCACUAGAACAAGGAGGAAGGGUUAAGGUAAAUGAUGCAGUGCUGCCAUUUAACACACCAGAAAAGGUGGUCCAUGGAGUGAAAGUUUCUAAAGGUCCAACUGGACUAACAGCGGAAGUCAGCGCCUCUGCUUACACUGCCUCAAUACAUUUCAAUGGUCACACUGCACAGAUCCGUGUUACAGGACCAAAGGUGGCUCCAGUAUUUGGGUUAUGUGGCAACACCAGCACCACUUUGGCGAAUGAGAAGCAUUCUGAUCUCAGUGAGAGUGGCUGUGAGACAACCUAUGACGAAGAUGCCGAUGUUUCAAUCAACUGCAAUGAAACAGCUAAAUGGUGUAACGUCAUGAGACAGCAGCCUUUCUCCUCCUGUAACCUGGUGGUGGACCCAGAGCCCUACAUCUCGGCCUGCUCUAGUGCCCUGUGCAAAUACCCUGCAGUGGAUGGAUUCAACUGUCAGUUCUUGGAGGCCUACAGCAGGGCAUGUUCAAUGCACAACGUCAGUGUAGAGGGAUGGAAAUCACAAAUCAAAUGUGAUGAAACUCAGGCCAGUUGCCAGAACAUGUAUUGCAGUGAACACGAGUUUUGUGGAGAGAAAAAAAAUGGAUAUGAAUCUGGAUGUCUCUGCAGAGCGAUCUUUGCUUCUAAAUACAAACCAAUGAACACGUUUGGUGAGCCGACUGUGUGCAAGGAUAACACAGCCACACUGACCAUGGCUGGCUGUCUCCUGAUGGAAAGUGGCAUUGACUACAAGGUCCUGCAUAUGAACAAUGAGUCCUGUGUGGGACAGAUGGACAAUGAGACUCAUAUGGUGACGUUCAGCUUCGACAAGAUCAACACCUGUGGAACUGUGGUCAAGUCAAAUGGCAGUAAAAUCAUCUACCACAACAGCAUUAAGACAUGGAACAGCUCCAACUUUGGAAUCAUAACUAGGCAUGAAGAGGUGCACUUGGAUUUCUCCUGUCACUACGUGCAGCCAGCUGUCAAGUCUCUGGCCAUCCGGAUUAGAGACAGCUCAGUCCGACAGGAGCUUACAGCUGGAGAAUGGACAUACAACCUGUCCAUGACUGUGUACACUGAUAAGGGCCACAAACAUGCCGUUACUCCAGACACAGAGAUAAACCUGGAUCAGACGGUCUACCUUCAACUGGAGAUUGAUGGACUUGAUGAAAAACUGUUGUCUUUGGUUGUUGACUCAUGCUGGGCAAGCACUGAGCCUUCACCAAACAGCAGCUUGAAGUACAGCCUCAUUGGAAAUGGCUGCCCUAACCCAGUGGAUAAGUCUGUAAAGGUGAUAAACAACGGACAGGGUUUGUCUAGCGACUUCUCCUUCAACAUGUUCCAGUUUAUUGGGAGAGCGGGCAACAUCUACCUGCACUGCAAAACCAUGCUGUGUAUUAGUCAGGAGAACUCUUGUGCCAAGGUGGAUUCCAUGAAGUACGUGUAA